GCAGUGUUUUAUCUAGUGUUACACCCGUCGCACCACAGUGUCAGACUACUCAGCUGUUGUGUGACCAUUGCCUGCAGAAAUGGCCUUAGGGUUAGAGUAGGGAGCAAAGCUCACCCUUUUUUCAUGUUUGGCCCAUAACACCAGUAGGCAUUCUUCACAGGGCCUGCUGGUCAGCACCAGCCCAUCAGGGGCACAGACAAGUGUUUUAUAGAGGCACUAUUUUUGCUUGGCUCGUGCUGCCCCCCUGGAGCUCCACUCGAUCCUUUCUGGAGUUUCACUAAGAAAAUGGCUUGGCAGACUGUCACCAGGGCACCAGGAGUGCAAGAUUUUUAGUGCCCCUGAGGUAGUGCAACACACCAACACUCGGAGCCAUGGGGGACCUGGAGCAGUUUGAAGAUUUGUUGCUGAGAAGCGCACGGAACGGAGACGUGAAGACGGUAGAGGAAAUCAUCAAGGCCAAAAAUGACGGGAAGGUGGACCUCGACAUUAACUGUAAAGGCAAGACCAAGAGUAACCAGGGCUGGACGCCGCUGCACCUGGCCAGCUACUUUGGGCACAGAGAUGUGGCCGAGGUGCUGCUUCAGAACGGAGCGUCGCUGGACGAGCUCAACGAUGCGGGGGACACGCCGCUGCACAAAGCUGCGCUCACCAACAGAGAGGAUGUUGUGUUGCUGCUGCUGGAGCAUGGCGCCAGUGUGUCCACCAUCAACGGGGAAGGUCUGCGGCCGGGGAACCUGCCCCGGGACACUCAGGUGAUGAAGCUGAUUGAUGCUGCCGAGAGAACCGAGCAACGAAGGAAGGAGGAGAAACUUUUACACUAUGCAAGGGAGGGGAAGGCUGAGGAGGUCACCAAACUUCUGCGGGAGCCCGGCGCCCCCAACGUGAACUGUGUGGAUGCCCUCGGCAACACCAGCCUGCACUGUGCCUCCUACCGGGGACACAUUGACGUGGCGGUGGUGCUGCUACAGAAUGGCUGUGACCCUUCCAUCAAGAACCACAACAACCAGACCGCAUGUGAGUUGGGUCAGACUCAGCAGAUGCAGCAGGUGUUGAAGGUGCAGCCGGUGCGCAGCUUCCACCACAGCGUCACCAGGUUCGAGGGGCCGCUGCUACGACAGAUGCGCAUCCUGGGCUGGAGGAUGGUCUGGGGAGUGCUGGAGCGUGGGGUGCUGACCUUCUUCAACAGCCGCGCGGACGCCAGCUCUGGGGUGCGGCGGCGAGACUACAAGUACCUGGACAACUGCAAGGUGGUGCCCAUGAUCGGCGGCGACGGGGCAAUGUUCAUCAUCCAGUACAACGACGGCACGUGCCACCGCCUGGCCGCCACGCCCGACCCCCUGCACCCUGCCUCCAUAAACAGACAGAAAUGGGUGGCGAUGCUGAACAACCACAUCCGCUUCUCCACCCACUACGUGCAGCAUGGCCUCUGCAUCGAUGACGAGGACGAUGACGGACUUGACCGCACCAUGAAACCGCUCGGCUGCAUGUCUGAUGCCCUACAGACCGCCACGGCCCACCAGCAGUUAAUGGAGCAGCAGGUGGAGGAGCUGAUGGCCACCUUAGCCUCGUUGGAGCUGGACCACUCGCAGCAGGGGGAGGUGCAUGACAUCAUCAAGAGGUUCUCGCUGCUGGCCGGCACUGCGCGCAACAUGACCACCAGCCUCACACACUGUUUCUCCCUCAUGAAGCAGCAAGAGGAGGUACGAGACUUGCAGCUGAGGGAGGAGAGGGAGAAGGUGCGGGUACUGGAGGAGUCGCUGCGGGUGCUGGCCACAGAGCAUAACGAGCUCGAGGAGUCCAUCGCCUCGCACGUGUCCUCCAGCGGCUCCUCCAUCUACAACACACCAGCCAACUCCUACGUCUCGCUGCCAAGGCCUCGGAGGUUCUUCGACGCGGUCAGCGAUGAUGAGUUCUUCGACGCUUUCUCGCAAGAUGACGGCAGCGGGGGAACCCUAGUCAGUCUUCCAUCGCCGUGUGGAAGUGAAUGCUCCACUAACACACUCGUUUCCUGCAUGUCUUCCCUUCCCACCGACCCCCAGUCCCCACAGUCCCCCACACACCUCCCCUCCAGCAUCCCCUGUGUCCCCAAUGCCACCCUAGUCCCUACCAGUCACCAGAUGGAAGGGGACACCUACACGAUUCCCCCGCCGAUCAGCGAGCCUCAGUGGGACUCCUGUGAGGUAGACGGAGGCCCCGCAGGAGUCGGGACGCACAUGAACUCUGUCUCCGGGACGUUGACGGGGCUUGUGAACACAGUCUCGGGGAUGGUGAGCAAGACCAGCCACACCACAGUCUCCUCCGGGGUCCUGGGCACUCCCGGGGCGGAGAACAGUUACUCGCAAUUCUCCGGGUCCAACCACACCCACAGCUCUCAGUCAGCCUCGUCCCUGGCUGUGGAGACGCCGCUGGUCCGGACGUCUGACCUGAGUGACCACAGUGACGGCAGCGACGAGACGGUCACCAGCGAGUCGCGUCGCUGCUCUGAGGUGGAAGAGAAGUCCUCCUUCAGCCUGGUGUCCCUGGGCGGCACACGCUACAGCUCGCCGUCCCUGGGCCCGCGGCGGUGCUGGCGAUCAUGGGGCAGAACCAGUCUGCCCGCGCAGCAGUUUCAGCGAAACGACUUCUCGCUGUGGUCGGUGCUGAAGCAGUGCAUCGGCAAGGAGCUGUCCAAGAUCACGAUGCCGGUGGUGUUCAACGAGCCGCUCUCCUUCCUGCAGCGCAUGGCCGAGUACAUGGAGUACGCCUGGCUGCUGGACAAGGCCGACGCCCAGCAGGACCCCAUUGUCAGGAUGCAGUACGUGACGGCCUUCGCGGUGAGCGGCUUGGCAUCGAACUGGGAGCGUGUGGGUAAGCCAUUCAACCCACUGCUGGGGGAGACGUACGAGCUGCAACGAGACAACUACAGGAUAGUGUGCGAGCAGGUCUCCCACCACCCUCCCGUCUCCGCCUUCUACGCCGACUCGGAGCACUGGAACUUCCACGGCUCCAUCCACCCCAAGCUGAAGUUCUGGGGCAAGAGCGUGGAGAUCCAGCCCAAGGGAUGCCUCACCGUGGAAUUCCCCAACCACGGGGAAGCCUACACCUGGAGCAAUGUCAACUGCUGCGUGCAUAACAUCAUCGUCGGGAAGCUGUGGAUUGAGCAGUACGGGUCCAUGGAGAUCACCAACCACGCCACGGGUCACAAGUGCGUCCUGACCUUCAAGACGGGCGGGUGGUUCUCCAAAGACCUCCACCGCAUCGAAGGCUUCAUCAUGGACAAGAAGAAGAAGAAACACUCCUUUAUGUAUGGCAAGUGGACGGACUUCCUUCGCGCCACAGACAACACGUCCUACGAAGAAUACGUGAAGACCAACGCCCAUAAGUUUAGCAGGCGUAGUGACAAGGGUGAUGACGGCGCCCCGAGCUCCACCAGCCCCGCCAACGCCCCUCGGAAGGUGUUCAAAAAGCUCAACUCCAUCACCUCCUCCUUCAGAAUGGGCUCAGAGGCAGAGGGUGGGCAUGAGGCAGAGGAGGGGGACCUGCCACCCGGUGCAGAGGAGCACGAGGAAGGAGAGGGAGGCUACCCACGCUCAGAUUCCACCUACAGCAUCGACAUCCCCAACUCAUUGACGCUCUGGGAGGUGGACCCCAGACCUAACAACUCCUCACAGUACUACCACUUCACGCUCUUUGCCAUGUCCCUGAACGAGACGAGCGAAGAGCUGCACCGCACGCUGGGGCCCACAGACUGCAGGUUACGUCCAGACAUCAGGCUCCUGGAGAAUGGCGACAUAGACGGUGCCGCCAACGAGAAGAACCGCCUGGAGGAGAAGCAACGAGACGCACGCAAGAGCAGGAAAAAGAGCAAAGCGGAUUGGAAGGCCAGGUGGUUUGAGCAGGGGACCAACCCAUUCACGCGCCAGGAGGACUGGCUAUACAGCGGCGGCUACUGGGACCGCAACUUUGAGCACAUCGAUAUCUUCUGAUGGCAAGGCCGCCCCUUCCCACUGCCCCCGACACCUGUGCUUGCUGGAGGGCCACUGAGGGCCCCAGGGUCAUAAUGGAGGUAGCUGGUAGGUCUUUGUGAGUCACUGGCCAAGGUCACACCAUGGAUUUCCUGUGAGUGGUGGAUCAAGGAUGACAUGUAUGCAAGUUGCCACUGUUUGUAAGAAAGAUAGCAAGAGAGAGAGAGAGGGAGAAAGAACGAGGGGGAUUUUGAAGUGUUAGGCACAGAGAAGAGGUAUAUAUAUGUAUGGAGUGUUGUCUGUGUAAGGUCGAGUCUUGGAGGAGCAAAAGGGAGUGUUUACGAUGCUCUUUAAGGUAAGGAAUUGAGUGAAGAAUUGUUUGUGCUGACUGAAGCGAGGUAACGGUUACCGACAAGAGAGAGUCAGAAAUGUUGAAGAGAAUAAUUUUGUAAGGAAUUGAAGCAAGGAAACACUACCAACCAAUGAGAGAAUGUUUGGAGUGUUCUAGUUGGUUUCAUAGAAGGCUGGAGAGAGGAAACAUUACCAACAAAAGAGAAAUUGUUUAAGAUAUUGAAGGCUAAUUUUUUAUGGUCUAAAGAGAGGAAACAGUUGCGAAUAAGAGGCUGUUUGAAAUACUGAAGGUUAUUUUUCUCGAGGUCUUGAGAGAGAAAACAUCAUCAACAAAAGAGUAAAGGUUAUUUUGUUAAGCACUAAAGCAAGGAAACAUUACCGACAAACGAGAAAUUGCCUGAAAUACUGAAGGUUCAAUUUUAUCAAGGUCCAAAUAAGCUUCAGUUUGUGGGAGCUAUGAGCAAGACUGUCUGAAAUAUCGAAGGUUAAUUUUUAUCAAGGUCCAUAAAAGCUUCAGUUUGUGGGAGUUUUGAGGAAGACUGUCUGAAAUAUUGAAGGUUCAUAUCAUCAAGGUCCGUAUAAUCUUCAGUUUGUGGAAGCUAUGAGGAAGACUGUCUGAAAUAUCGAAGCUUCAUUUUUGUUGAGGUCCCGAAUAAGCUUCAGUUUGUGGGAGCUUUGAAGAAGGCCAGGGAAGCUUGAGUGUGUUUGAAGCUCCCUGCGCUGUGCCCAUCUGGCGAGGCUUGGGCAGGGUCAGCGUGGUGCGUCACCUCUGAACGUCACUCCUGUGUGUUGUUUAUUUAUGCAAGGAAGAAAUGUCCAGUUGUUUUAUUACGUCGUGUUGCUUCAGAGUACAAUUAUAUGCAUUACUUUCAACUUUGUUAUUAGAGAAAUUGUGUUAUAUACUUAUUUUACUGAUGUUAAUUUCAACCAUUUUCAGAAAGGGGUGCAAAGGGCUUCUGAAAGUUAAAACGCAUUACCAAUAUUACUACUUUUAUGAUUAUUAUUGUUGUUAUUAUCAAGUUACCGAGCAUCAUUGUUAAGUACUAUAGUCUUUUUCUUUUAUUAUUUACAGCAAUGGAAGCAGCUUGUUAUUAUCAUUACUAUUAUCAUCAUUAUUGUUUUCUAUAUUAUGUAUUUUCCUCUUUUUGUGUCUUUUCAAGUUGAUUCCAUCCUGUGUAUUGAAUCAUCGUGUCAUUCUUGCAGUCUCCAGGUUAGGUCAUGUUAUUAUUAUUGCUGUUUUGUAUUGUUAUCAUUCUUUUCCAACUCACUUUGUAUCUUUUUCCACUUGAUUCCAUCCCAUGCAUUGUGCCGUUGUGUCAGUCUCCAGGUUAGGUUAUUUCUUUGCUGAAGUUCAUGGCAGUCUCUGUUGCCUUUUCGGGUUGAGAGACGAGGCAGCAGAUGAUUGUCCACCAAACACUGAUCACUGAGGUCCUGCCUGGCUUGAACUUUCCCAAAUGCGAGUUAAUUUUUAUACUUCUUAUAGGUCAGCUUGAGAUUAGUUGAGUAUGUUGUUUUAGUGCAAGAUAUAUCAAGGGCAUUGCUAGAGAGAGAGAGAGAGAGAAAGAAAGAGAGAGUGAGAGUGAGAGAGAGAAAAAAACGUGUAAUGUAUGUAUGUGUGUACAUGUGUGUGUACAAGAAGUGACGGAAGACAAAUAUAAACCAUUUUUCUGAGUUCGCCAAUAAGCAACGUAGAUAUCAGCUAGCGAUCACAUUUCUGUACGCCAUAUAUCCUAUGUUCGCCGUAUGUACCAGCGUAAAUAUAACAUGCUUUUUAUUUCUAGAUACAACUAUGUCGAAAAAAAUUGUUUACUAGUUAUUUAAAUGAUUGUUUAUUAUUUCUAGCUUUAGGUUAUUGAGACGCAACCCACAAAUCACAUGGACGAAGGGGGGAAGGGAGGUGAGGGUGCCGUCAUGCCCUCUCCCACCCCCUCAAAAAGCCUGUGCAGUAGCUCCCACCACCACCACCACCACCACUAGUUGCUCAGUCUGUAGGUCUGUGUCUGUCUGUGUGUCUCUGAAUGUCCAUACACUGUGUUCUCUGUGCUUGCAAUGGACCAAUAUAAUGUUUGCUGUUCGAGGCUUUCAUGUUAUACCGAGGUGUGUAGGUAAGCCUGUGUGUCUAUUUUGUGGAGGUAGAUCAAGUAUGUACACCUUGUAAUUAUAUAUGGGAAUGCCAAUCAGGGUUCUGGGGUGUAGGAACUUGUACAUAGUCGCAGUGUGUGUGUGUGUAACAUGUCCCGGAGAGCUCGUAUGCUUUAGGGAAACUAGAUUGACGAGACCGGUUUUUGCACUGGUUUCCGCUAGUCCAUACCUCCCCAUCUCCCUGCCUUUUUUUUUUUUUUUUUUUUUUUUUUUUUUUUUUUUAAAAGCAGAGUCAGUUCAAGGGCAUAAAAAAAGGAAACAAAUAUGAAAAAAAAAAAAAAGCCCGCAAUACAGUCCCAACACCUAUUUCUUCCACUCGUAUGUUGCCUAUAGCUAACAUAUGAGGGGAAGGGAUAGAUGUGUGGGCUGUGUGGCAGAGCGGAAGGGAGGAACGGACCUAUGGAAGCCAACGGAAAAAAGGUCUCGGCAAUCUGGUUCCUCUCUAGACCCUCCGUGUUAUAUAGAAAACUGUAUCAUUAAUAUUAUUCCAUGUUAUGCUUAUUUAUGAAAGAAACUAUACUAAUCCGUUUUUAUUUUGCCAUAUGGUUCUGAAAUUUAUAUUGUUGUUGCAUAGUUUAUUCCCCUAUAGAGAGUUUAUUACUGCGUGUUGUCCUAUGUCGUUGUUUUAGGGAUUUUUGUUGAGGUUACGCUUUUAAAAUUCAACUAAGGUGACUGCCAAGGUUCAUUGAUGGUGGGUGUGAGGAGAGAACCAUCAGAACUUUGCACAUUGUUUGUUUACAUUCAAAGACCUUAAUGCUGGGUUAAGAGGAGUGUCGGAUUCAAUGUUCGUCGUCCUUAAUGCAUCGUAAUGUUAUGUUAGGAGGAGGAUCAGAUCUCCCACGAAGCUUUUGGUCUUAAUAUUUUAGUCUUGUUUUGUUCGUCAAGCAAAACUACAUAGAAGGCAUUUGUGUUCCUUUGCUGCAGUCGUAAAUACAAACACGUCUGUCCUAUUAUGGUUCGUCAAGCCAGAGUAGAAAGCAUUUGUGUUCCUUUGCUCCACUGGUGAAUAUAAACACAUCAGUCCUCUUAUGUUCAUCAAGCAAGAGUAGAAGGCAUUUGUAUUUCUUCACUGCAGUCGUAAAUACAAACACAUCUGUCCUGUUAUGGUUUGUCAAGCAAGAAUAGAAGGCGUUUUGUUCCUUUGCUGCAGUGGUCAAUAUAAUCACAUCAGUCCAUUUAUGUUGAAGCGAGAAUACGUAGAACGCAUUUUUGUUCCUUUGCUGCAGUGGUAACUAUAAACACAUCCGCUUGUCUCAAUUAGUGUGGCAGGAGAAGGGGAUCACCUCUUCCGCCCGGAGAGGAGACCGGCACUUUACGCCCAGCAGGUAGACCAUCACGUGCCAUUAGCAGCUGUGCAGUGCCUGAUAGCAAAAAGCAGAACAUAUUUUUGCUUACACUUUACACCAGAAGCAAAAGGAUGAGUACAAGGGAGCAACGUUUAGAAGGUGUUUGGAGUUGUAACAUGUAACAUACUAUAUACAUAUUUUAUUUUCGUCUAUGGUAGAGUGAGGUUAUGGCUGAGGUGGUAUUCUAAAACUCUUAGGAUGUGAGGGUUGCCUGAUGUGCUCAACUGCUGAUGUAUUCUGUUAGUUCUUGUUUGCCCUCGCGGUGAAGUCACUGUCCUGUGAACGCUGUCACUGUAUAGUAACCUUGAAGAGUGCACUCAUCAUCGUCUGUCCCAGGUGUGUCGCGCUGGUUAAGAGAAACUUCCUUCAGACUCAAACAUGAUCAUAAAUGCUGCUCAGAAGCUCCACCAGAAUAGAGAAUUACAAACUCCAUCUCCUUCUUGGUCCAUUGCCCACAAAGGGAGUAGAUUGUCCAUCAUUCCUUGCCCUUGUCAAGGUCACAUUCUAUAGAAUUUGGCAGACUUCAAGCAGAGGUGAUUUUCCUGCAGAAUGUUACUUCUUGAGUAGAAUCACCAUUAUUCAAAACAAGCUUCAAUUGCUUAUGAUGAAGAGUUCAUAAAACAAAACUGUUCUGUCAGUUAUUGGACUGCAUUUUUAAUCUGGUUUUAUCUGUUUUCUGCUGUCUACGUGGAAAUAAGUUAUCUUUAAAAUAAUAAUUUUCUUCAUCUAAAAUUUCAGCUUCCUGCAGCUACAGUAAUUUCACAUUAGUUAUGAGUACUAUUCUACACAUUUUGAGCUCACAGUCAUUAAGACAAACAAGGUCAACCUGAACCCAAUAUUGCUUGUUCUCCAAACCAUCAGCCACACUGCACCUCACCGCCCCGAGGCCCAGCGUGUGUUCUUCAGGCCGGUGGUACAGCUGUUCAGUGUGCCCCAUCAGUGCUCAGCUCGGUAUACUGACUUUGUCCUUACCCAAUGAUUGCUGGUAGUCUUAGUACAUGAGCUUAUGUCACCAAUUAAAGGGCUGUAGUUAUACGUACUGUGUGAAGCAUGGGAAAGCAGAACUGGCAAGACAUCAAAGGCUCUGUACUGUUGUGAAAUAUGUGUUUUGUUCCUUUAUGUCGAGUCACUGGAACCUGUCAUUUGUGCAGCUCUCCUGAUGGUGAGGGAAGGAAGGACGCUGUGUUGCUGUGGUGUCUUGAGGGUUCAGUUUUCCUGUGCCUCGUGCAUAGCAGUGACCUUUCAUUCCGUGUGUUAGUCAGGCUACCAUGAAGCUUCUCUGAAUUGAAUCAUGUAGUCUAUAGGACGGUAAGACUUAGAAGUUAUUGUUAUGUUCUUGAUUCCAUUACACUGACCCCAAAAAUAUUUGAUUACUGUGUCUGAAAACGUUGUACUAAGCGAUUCACAGUUGUGCAGUGAUUCCAAAGUGACAGUUUCUUGAGCUAUGCAAGGAGCUUCUCUUAAUCACUCCAGAAGGCUAACCAUGUAACCAAAAUGAUGUGUGUGAGUAACUGAGAGAGUGAACAAAAGGCUUGAUCUGAUCUACCUCACUCCCAAGACCAAAACAUGUGUAAAUCACUGCUGUGCACACAAUAACUCAUUGGUCCGUCACCCUGAGUCUGGCCGGAGGAAGGCUGUCGUUGCUGCUUUGUGAACAUCUACGAAACACAUCAAGUUUUUUGUGGGAAUAUAAGUAAGAUAUUAAGAGCAUCAUAUUGUACUUUCCGAUAUUUAUGAUACUAUAGGAGGUAAACAUACUCAACUUAUAUUUUGUAAUCUCACUUGCCACUACUACAUACUGUACUCUAAUGAACUGCAUAAAUAAGACUUAAUAUACUGAGUUACUUGCACUUCAUACUUACUUACUAACAAGGGACAAUACUACUAGUUCAACCAUUACACUUACGGAUUCUGGCUGAACUUUGAUUAAUACCACUCACUGUUACCGUUAUGAAAACCAAGAAGCAAUACAUUUCAUUAAUUUUGAGAACCUCUUUUAAUGAUGGCGUACAUGACCCAAAUGAUUUAUAUAUGUCUUGUUAACCUGAUCUAUGUUUCCUCAAUGUCACUCAAACCCCAAGAUGUGUUAUUUCGUUCCUAUUGACGUGAUCUGUUUCUCUUACGUGACUUCAGCCUCAGAUGUUUUCCAGUGGACUUCCUUUCUAAUGCAAUACUCAUAUGCAGCCUCAUACCCUGAACUUCCUAACAUACUUACCCUUAACUCAUGCCCCCUCCAACAUGUUACCCCUUAAACUUCCCCUCCAUACAUACCCCUCACAUACCCCAAACUUCCCUCCAUACUUGCCCCUACCUCGUACCCCCUUCCACAUACUCUGAACUUCCCUCCACAUAUUCCUCUAGCUCAUGCCUCCUUCCACAUACCCUAAAACUUUCCCUCCAUACAUGCCCCUACCUCAUGCCCCCUCCCACAUACUCUGAACUUCCCCCCACAUAUAUAUUCCCCUAACUCAUGCCUCCUUCCACAUACCCCUAAUCUUCCCUACAUACAUGCCCCUGACUCAUCCCCCCUUCCACAUACCCCAAACAUGCCCCCAGCUAAUUCCCAACUCAUCCCUGACACAUACCCUACCUCCCUGUAACUUGCCAUGGUAUUCCUGUGCCCAGAAGACCUUACCCAUUACCAGUAUAUGUUGCCACGCCAUGACUAUUUAAUUAGCAGGCAAAAAGGACCCUUGGCGGACUUCACUGACGCGGCACUUGGAUAUCGUAGUAUGAUUUCUUACUUUUAUAUACUUUUGUUCAGUCCCUGGUAUCGUUAGUUAAUCCAGACGAGAGAUGGCUUUUUUUUAUAUUACCACAUUUUAUUAUUACAUUUCAUCCUUUUUUUUAGUCCUUGUAAUCCUCCUUCUAUCCGACCCUCAAUUUUUACUUACCAUACAUUUUCCAGUCCUUUUAAACCACCAGUCAACACAAGAGAUGGCUUUCACUUUUUAUUAUUACAUUUCACCCCUUUUUUAAGUCCUUAUAAUCCACAGUCAAAAUAAGAAAUGACCUCCUUCUAUCAGAUCCGCAAUUAUCACUUCUCAUUAUUAUAUUUUCCAGUCCUUUUAAAUGAUCAAUCCAGACGAGAGAUGACUUACUUAUAUCACCAAUUUUUUUCAUUACAUUUCACUCCUUUUUUGAGUCCUUACGAUCCUCAGUCUGAAUAAGAAAUGACCUCCUUUAAUCAGAGCCCCAAUAAUUACUUCUCCUACAUUUUCCAGUCCUUUGUUCCUUUGCUGCAGUGGUAGAUAUAAACAUGUCAGUCCUAUCAUGUUCGUCACACAAGAAUAGAAGGCAUUUGUGUUCCUUUUCUCAAUCAAGAUGAGAGAUGACUUUUCGUACCAUUAUUCUUUCGACCGUGAAGUACACACAAAGGGUCGGUCAGGACGAUACUCUUAACAUGGAACUCACUCACUAUACACCUAAGUUACCACUACACCAUUGAGCCUAGGUGAGAAUGUGCCAGUGGAGAAGUCUCACUCGCAACCCUCCUAACUGAUUCUCCCUGAAGCCAGAUUUUGCCCAACCUCCCUCGGGUCAAACGCCCACCAAUCCCCAGCACCAGAGCAGCCAUGCCCUUCCUCUGUCACCCGUGCGGAGGGGCUUAUUUCCUGACAUGUUCUCACCCUAGGCGGAAUAGACUAUACAACAUGUUCGGAUUAACUUGACGUACUGUACAGCUUCUUCUCCUAACCUAAACCAUACAAUGACUAUCGAGUUUUUCAUUUUUAGUUUUUGUUGCCCUUGAGCUGCUUCCAUUGCUGUACAAAAAGAAGCAUUGGUUUACUUCAUGUCUAAGCUUCUGUUCCUCCCAAGCUUAGAGGUUAGAACGGACUUGAAAAUCUAAUAAUGCAAUAAUGAUGAAGCACUUAUAGCUAUUGAUAAGAGGUUAGGUUAAGGAAGAAGCUUGUGUAAGUUAACCAGGACGAACUAUACCCUUGAAAUUUUGCCUUACACUGGAACAUAUCAUUCCCUUGUUCUAGAUACAGCGAGGACUCUAGAUAUGCCAAAGACUCCCUAUAAGGCCUCUAAGGUCUCUCCUCCUCUUCCUCCUCCUCCUCCUCCUCCUCUCACUCUUUGCCACCAGUAGUUAGUCAGUCAUUUCGUCAGACAGUCAGGCGGUCUUACUGGUGGAUGCUGGGAAUGGCUAAUCUUACUGGUGGAUGCUGGGAAUGGUUAAUCUUACUGGUGGAUGCUGGGAAUGGUUAAUCUUACUGGUGGAUGCUGGAAAUGGUUAAUCUUACUGGUGGAUGCUGGGAAUGGUUAAUCUUAUUGGCGGAUACUGGGAACGGUUAGAUCUUAUUGGUGAAUGCCGGGUUGGGUUGGGCGGGAUUCAUGCGCUUAUAGAGACGGUGUGCAAAGCCUCGUAAUAUGGAAAACAUUGCAAAGUAUGUAAUGAUGAUGGAUUAUGUCUUCGUUAACGACAGUGAUGUAACUGAUGGAUGCUCAAAAAGGGCGACACUUAUAAGAAUUCCUAAGAUUACAAUUUAUACUAGACUAAAUUUUGUUACGAGAUUAUCAGUGUUAUUUCAGUUUGUGAUAAAAAAGGUAAAUAUGGAGAGUCACUACGCGCCUCCAAUAUUGCCCCCACGAGAAUAAUAACCGGUAAAUAUGGAGAAUCACUACGCCCCUAAAAAAAAAGACCUAUAAUCUGCUAACUCAAUGGCGAAGUUAAACAGGCGCGCGAGAGGGAUUGGGACUCGGAGGAAAGCUUCAAAUAUCUCGGCGUUGUGUUUGAGAGCGGCUCGAAGCGCGUGAAUCGGAACCUGAAGGCGCUGUGAUGGCCUCAGUCAGUGUGUCUACCAAGGCGUGUGUCAUCGCUUGUCUGUGUCGCUCCUGCCGUAUAGUGACUAGGCCCAUAUUCUCAAACAUGUCGAGGCUUACACACACUCACAUUCGGUAAGGCUUUCGUAGAGGUUGUUUUGGGUCUUGGGUAGUUUUAUAAGCCAAGUGAUAGUUUGACAAGGUUUCUGCACCAUGAACGUAAAUAAAACACACAUGAGAACCCGACCUAUCUCCUUCGUGGGCCUUUGGAAAUCGAUGUUUUGAGAGCCGGAUACGUUCUAAGGAUAUGGGCCGAAGACUUGAGCAAUAACCCCCGUGACCUGUGUAACCAGCGACACACACACACACACACACACACAUACACAUAGAUAGCUACUUUCCUGCCGCCUGUCGGUCACUGUUGUUCCCUCUAUGCCAUCAAUUUCCCAGGACGCCCCUUUAUAGGCCCGUCCAGCUCACGUGUAGCGCUGAAGAAGGGCUCAGAAACACGACUAUACUAUACACAUGAGGCGCCUAUACCCACGUUCACGUUAACUUGGCGAAAUAGCUCAUCCCCCCUCCCAGUAAGCAUAUGUCAUUGGCUGAUCCAUAAGCUAGCCAGCACGCCCCUUCCUCAUAUCAGGUUGCAUUGAUUGGCGGAUGCUGGGAACGGUUAGAUCUUACUGGCGGAUGCUGGAAACGGUUAGAUCUUAUUGGUGGACGCUGGGAACGGUUAGAUCUUACUGAUGGAUCUGGGAACGAUUAGAUCUUACUGGUGGAUGCUGGGAACGGUUAUAACUCUUACUGGUGGACGCUGGGAACGAUUAGGUCUUACUGGUGGAUGCUGGGAACGGUUAGAUCUUAUAGGUGGAUGCUGGGAACGGUUACAUCUUAUUGGUGGAUGCUAGGAAGGGUUAGAUCUUAUAGGUGGAUGCUGGGAACGGUUACAUCUUAUUGGUGGAUGCUAGGAAGGGUUAGAUCUUAUAGGUGGAUACUGGGAACGGUUAAAUCUUACUGGUGGAUGCUGGGAAGGGUAAAAUCUUGUUGGUGGAUGCUGGGAACGGUUAAUCUUAUUGGUGGGUGCUAGGAAGGGUUAGAUCUUACUGGUGAAUGCCGGGUUGGGUUGGGUGGGACUCAUUCGCCAAGUUAGCGUGAACAGGGUGUAGGCAUCACGAAUCACCAAGUCACCCCCUGCUUGCUAUACCGUCACGCCCACUGUCACACCACCUCGCUGUCCCCACGUAGCUCAGCACCGAUCAUGUCUAGCUCGCCGCCUCCCUUCACGCAGCGAGGCUCAUCUCACGUCCGCGCACAGCUGAUCAUGAUUGUGGUGUGUACCGUACCAUAUGUAUACCUCACACACGCACGGUACCGUACCCCGCCCAGAGCGCCAUAUACAUACCCCCGUGGUGACCGAGGAACAGUGUUUAGUGGAUGUAAUGUUGCUUUGUUUGUAUUUGGUAGCAAUUUUAGGUUUCUUAUCUCUCCCCGACGACCAGACACACCCAUUGAUCCCGCGUACCAAGGUCAUAGGGAACAGUCGCCCUCAACACACACACAUACACACACGAGGCGCCACACACACUCCACGCGCAGCCAGGAGAAAUAUUUAUCCUCAUCAUUUACCAUAGUGAUUGACAUACGUAUAGUCAUUUCAAUAUACCCAGUGAACCCAAGCAUCAUUAUUUGUCCUUUUGGUUAUGUAUUGAUGAGCUAAAUAGUGUUUGUGAGUCAGGCAGUGAGGAGUCGAGCAAGAUCAAGCCAGUCGAGGCGCGUGAUGAUGCUUAAGCUGAGUUUGAGGCCCUUCAUCUCAUGCUUCUGUAAGGGCGAACAUCAUGUCACUAGAUUAUCGUACAGCAUAUCGUAUCUUUUCAGGUUUCAGACUCAAAACUCUCGUAUACCCACACACAUAACGCCAUUCAAUUAAAUCCAUCGUUCAAACUCUUAAUUAUUGAUAUGUUUGUAUUUUUGUAAUAGUUAUGAGUAAGAAACGGGAAAAUAUAAUGUUUGCUGAGUACGAUAAUAUACGUAUUCUGGUAACGCUUUAAGUCCUGACCCGACGAACUCAACACUGGGUUAUCUCUCUCUCUCUCUCUCUCUCUCUCUCUCUCUCUCUCUCUCUCUCUCUCUCUCUCUCUCUCUCUCAUACCUGUAAAAUCUAAUGAGAAUGCAAAUUAAACGAGAGAGAGAGAGAGAGAGAGAGAGAGAGAGAGAGAGAGAGAGAGAGAGAGAGAGAGAGAGAGAUUGCCACGUUUCUAAUUAGCGCUCUCACCCUCACCUGUCCAACACCUGUGCUCACCUGGCAGCUCGUGGCGUAAGGUGCCUAAUCAAGCCGUUCACCUGAGUUCCGCGCCACCUGAGCCAGCUGGUGCAUUCCUUAAGUCACCCCCAGAAUGCCUUCACGCCAUCCAGGGCACGCCGCCCCCCCACAACAAACGUUCAGGCCACCACGCCAUGAGGUCGAGGUGUGUGUAUAGUUGCGUGCGUGUUUCCUUCCCGCGACAUUCAUACAAUUAUACAGAUAUGCCGAUCGAUGUCCUUCAGUGUAGAGGAUAAUUAUACAUAUAUACCAUCUUUCUGUCU